AUGGCAACAUUCGACUUAGCGGUCGCUAUUAUCUUCUUUGCUUAUUUCCAGGAUACGGAGGAAAUUGAUUUAUCACAUCAGAAUAUACCCGAAUUUAUUGGUCUCAUAAGCCGUGGCAUUGAAACCAUUCCAAGUCCACUAGCUUUCGGUCACAAAUAUAUGACAGGUGGAGCUGGUGAAGGUUCGCAACUUCUGCGGCCUGAUUCUGAUUUUGAAGAGCGUCAAAAGGUGAAAAGCGACAGCAUAUUACCAUCCUAUUGUGAACCACCAAAUCCAUGCCCGUUAGGUUAUACAGCAGCGGAUGGUUGUUUGGAAGAAUUUGAAAAUAGCGCCGAGUUUUCACGAAAUUAUCAAGCCAGUCAAACAUGUAUUUGCGAUCAAGAACAUAUGUUCAAUUGUCCAGAUAAAAGAAUGGAUGAGGAUUUGGAAGAAAGUUUGCAAAGUAUCCUUAACGAUCAGGGAUUGCAUAAAACUCUCAUUGCCAAAAAAUUUCACAAAAAGCGAUCACAAGCAAUGGGACUUCAUCGAGAGCGCUCCAUCAGAAGAAUGACCAUACAACUUUCUCAAAAUCAUCAAAAUCCAUACUUCAAGGGUGAAAUCUUAAAAUCGGUGAUUAAAAAGGAUGGUCGAAAUACAUGGCAUUGA